GUGUUCCACACAGAAACAGCGGCAGAGCAUGCGCGUGUGAGUCAGCGCGCUUCUGUGCGCGCGUGUGUGAGUGUACAGACAGAGGAAGAGAGAGAGAGAGAGUCAGCAGGGAAUCGAAAAACGGCUGACAAAAAGUGUCACUGUGAUGCAAAGAAAGAUUUUAGAGAGAUAUUUGCGUUUAAGUGAGAAGAAGACGCAAACCGUGUGAGAGUCCUGAGGAAAAACAAGUCAGACAUGAAGACUCUUACACAACUAACUGACUGACUGAAUGAAUGAGCAGGACUGAGAUCAGCAUCACUUAGACAAGAGCACAUCCAAAAUAUUUUCUUCCGACUGUGCAUUGUGACGCAUCUGAGAUCUCGAGCUCCAUCUUUCACGUUCUCCACCCCUCCAUCCACCCGUCCAUCAAUCUGGAUCGCGGUAAAACGUAGGAACCGUCUUCUCCAUCCUCACGCGUGCAACAGGAGCGUUUGUUGAGAUGGAGAGCCCACAGAUAGACGAGAUGAACCUACAACAUUAGCAGGAUCAGGAGAUUUUUGUGUCCUCAUGUGAAAGAGAAGACCUACACUGUCCACGACACACGUUCAAAUCCGGAGAUUACAACAAACACACCUAUAUACAGGAAAAGGAGCGACACAACACAAGAGUCUGCAUAUCUUUGGCAUGCUUGGAAAAGAGCUGGAAGCAAGUAAGGUCUGGCAAGACUCCUGAGACACCUUCGGACCUGUCACGUCAUCACAGACCGGACGCACGUACUGUCAAACUCAACACAGACCCCUUAAGGAAUUCUUGGCUUUUAAGGACUGGGAGAGCACCUCCUUUUAGAUCUUUUCAAUGUCACAACUCUUAAAAAAACAGCAAAGGUCAUGGAGGUUUAGGUGAAGCCGAUCAAAAGAAGAAGUGAAACAGGGUCAUACUAUAACAGCGACCUCAAACAGGAAGGAGGUUUUGGUGAUCGUUGGUUGCAUCACCUCCUGUAUGAAACUUAUAAAGCGACCUAUCAGAAAGUUCACAAACAGAAAGCCGAAUAUAAAGUAUUACAGUAAACGGUGCUUAAAAUUUAAAGAUUAACUGUGUAUUAAAGUCUGUAUUUAUGUCACAAUAGAUGUAUCAUUGAAACUGUGCCAACAUAUCUUUUGAUAUAGUGUGGUGUUCAGCCAUUCAUUUGUAAGAAACAAUAUCAAUGACUAUCCUGUAACUUACUUAGAUUUGUGCAAUAUCACUAAACAGGGUGUAAGUUGCUUUAAAACUGUUGGGGACAAAAAAAGUGCAAUCUCUUUUGAACACGACAUAGACUUUUGUUGUACUUCAGGGCUUUUUAUACUCUAGACAUUCUGCACUGGCUGGAGGUCUUUGUCCAUCUGUGCCACACAAAGACUCAGGCUGACCAAGGAGGGACCUUGAGACAGCAAUGGACAAACCCAUUCGCCCUCAUGUCCCCUGCAAUGGCUGAGUGUCCUCCCCCAGUGCACUGAAGACAUAAUCUGCAGGACCAUACACUACACACAGUUCCUCUGCCAAGAUCACCACAUCAAAAAGUGAAUGUCCUGCCUGCGGCGCCAACCUGUGACCAUCCCUAUGGACACCGUCAAGAUCAUCCAGUCGGAGAAGUUCUCCCGGGAGUGUACGGUCCCUGUGACCCAGCCUCGCUACGCCCCACCUCCCCGUGUGGCCUGGGACGGGGGAGGCGAGGGAGAGGUUAUCGUCAACCAGGCAUGUGGAGACCUCUCCGUGGAGGUCAACGGAAACACCAUGGUCGCACCCAGACCUCUAGCCUCUCCGACUGCCCCCGUCCUCCGUCGCGAAGCCAGUUAUCUAGCACAGCGCAAGGCCAGCGUGUCUGACAUCUGUUACCAUCAGUUCCACUACAAGAUGGAUGAUGUAAUCGUCAACCAGUACGUGCUCCGCUCUUCCUCCACCUCUUCCUCCACGUCCUCCUCCUCCUCAGGCCCAGUUAUGCCAUGUGAACCGCUGGACUGCCCCACCUGCGGACACACCUACAACUUUGCUGGGAAGCGGCCUCGCAUUCUUUCCUGUUUGCACUCGGUAUGCGAGGAGUGCCUGCAGAUCUUGUAUGAAUCCUGUCCCAAGUACAAGUUCAUCUCGUGUCCCACCUGCCGUCGCGAAACCGUGCUCUUCACCGACUACGGGUUAGCCGCGCUGGCCAUCAACACCAGCAUCCUCAGCCGACUGCCGCCCGACCCGGCGGGGACAGUGCAGUGGGGCAGCGACGGUGAUCGCAGCUGCUAUCAGACGGUGCGCCAAUACUGUCAAUCAGCUUGCACCUGCCACAUUGCCAAUCCCCUCUCCUCUUGUGGCAUCAUGUAGACCUGAUUGAUCAAGUGAUCGGCACAAUUCAUUUCAAAAUGCUAUCCAGCCGUACCAAGUCGAGUCACACACAUUCAACCCCUCUGUACAGUCAUAGCUGUAUCUGUAUAUUUAAUAGCACAGGAUGCUGUGUGGACUUGAAGUGAAAAGGACACUUGUGUGCAAUGACAGAGAUAAUGAAAUAUCAGAGUAAAUGUAUUUUAUGUAUGAACUGAUUACCCUCUAUCCCUCAAUCUCUUGUUCGGAUGUGUUCGUCAUUGACAUCUCUUUACAUGGGAAUGCUUAGGGAAGUCUAUCUCCCCCAUCCUGGGUAUAAUAAAGACUAAUAAAGAAUUUAAAAGUCAGAA